AUGGCUUUCAUGCAGUUAAUAAUGACCGCUUCAAAACUGAACAAGUUGAAACAAGAACUGGUCGAAGAAAAAACUGACGCCAUCAAAGUUUCCAAGAAACUACCAGUCAAGAAAAAGUUUAGGCAUCGUAUCAUCAGGUUACGAAUGAGGACCAAGAGGUUCCUGAAGAAAAUGUUAGGGUGUUUUUUCUUUGAGAAGUUUUGUUACACAUUGCGCCAUGAUGGAUCCUGCGAAAAUUAUACCCUGAAGAGUAUCGCCGGAUUCGUCUCGGGCUUUGUUUUGACCUACAUAUUUUUCAUGUUUUGUAUGUUCCAACUUAAUUUCACAUUACCAACCGCUACAAUUUUUUGUUCUAUACUGGGGUGCAUAUUGAUGCUUGGACUAGCUUUCAGUACCAAGGUCAGAUGCGUCGUGCUGCUUACCCUGCCGCAGUUCUUCUCACAGAAAGGGCGGCAGGCGCUGCUGGCAUACGCUUUCAUCCUGGCCAUUUCGGGACCUGCCUGGAAUAUGCUCAACAAUAUGGGGAUACUGAGUGAUUCUCUGGCCUGUGGUCAGGAACAACUUAAACAAGCUGUGAGACAAAUAAUAGAUGUGAUUAAGAAACCUUUCAUAGCCUUCAAAGAAGCCAUCAAGAAGGUUAUAAAAACUGUCAAAGAGAUAAUGAUAACAAUAAAGGAAAUUCUGUUAAAGAUAAAACGAGUAAUAAUGGCAAUCAUUAAAGUCAUCAAAGCAGCGUUUCAGUUCCUCGCCAAAAUCAUAAAUAUCUGCAACAAGGAACUGGGAACUCCGUUCGAAAGGUGUACUAGAGUGUUCGAGAACGCCAUAGCUGAUUGCAGUGCCAAACUAGGUCCUUUAUUCAGUUGGCUUUGCUCCAUUGCCUAUAUUGUACAGUCUGUUUGCUACCUAGUAAAAUUUUUGGAUCUUAUCUGCAUGAUAGUGGACUUUAUCAGCGACUCGAUCGUUGGAGUUGUAAUAAGAAAAGUCAAAACUUUCAUCAGACACGUAAAAACUAUGUUCUACGUUCGCAUAAAGAUAUCCCACUCCUUCGAAUUUCAAACGAAUUCUUCAAAAACUGUGGCUGAAAUAGCUCAUGCAAUGACGGCAGAAGUUCGACAGAGAACAGAAGUAAUGAGGACAAUAUUCAAGUUCAUGACGUCCGCAGCGACAGUAUUCUUCCUUUUCUUGAUAAUCAAAGUUACAUACUACAGAUUCAAAUUCUUGACGAGUGAAAAGUUCGACAAUAAAUACAUAAAUAAAGACUUCCGCGAAAUAGAUAUGAGAAGAGCAAAAUUAGGAAAAGAAACUGUUUUGCCGCUGAAUGACAGAGAAAUGCAGGUGUACGUAGCUGUAAGCUCCAAAAAAUUGGCAAAAUCAGAAAAGAAAGCGUUAGCUAAAGCUGCUUCAUCUCUAGCGACAGUUUCUCUUAAGCUAGCUAUUUUUAUGGCUGGCGACUAUUCCCUCUUUUGGAUACUGAAUCUUAUAAAAUAUUAUGGAAAAUUUCAAUCAAAAGUUCAAGCACCAAACAUGCCCUCAGUUCAUGUAGCAGGAAAUGGAUUCCUUGCUGACCUUCUACGAAGCAUUGUCAAAGCUUUUCAGCCAGCAGGUAUCAACUUAGAAAUUGAUACUGUCCCGUGUCUACCAACACCCAUACCUCCAAACUAUGACCGUUAUGUUCAAAUAGCGACAAUAAUUGUUCUGUGUUGGGUAUUAGCCCUUCUUGAACCGUAUGGACUGAGGCUAAGACACAUCGUAAUGUGUUACUACCAUCCGGUCAGAGCGAAACAGAGAGCGAUUUGGCUCUACAACCACAUCAUGAGAGCGAGGAAUUCAUUCUUGAAGUUGGCCAGAAGGCAGUUGAGGAGGAAGAUUCUAGGUGAUGGAAGCAUCGCCAAAAUCACCUGUAAAGAAUACUUAGCUGCCAACUUUAAAUCUAAAAUUACAACAUCUGUUUUCAGGAUUUGCGCAUUAUGUUUAGGAGAACACUUGCAACAGUGCUGUCUACUAUGUGGUGAAGUUUUUAGAGAAUCUGAUAAUAAAAAGCCAAUUAAGUGUCAUACUCCAAAUUGUCCAGGAAUCUACUGCGAACAGUGCUUCGCUGAUUUACAGAACUUGUGUACUAUUUGUUUAUCGCCAAUAGAGUAUGGAGACUUGUCGGACAUUAGCGAAGAAAAGGACUCAUCGGAAGAAGAACCGAAACCUAUAAUUCCAAAACCUAUAAAAAAGAGUAAAUGGAGACAAUUGUUCUUCUGUUCAAAGUGCUGCCAAAAAUGUUUUCCUGAAGACGACGAAGAGGAAGGUAAAAGUAAGAGCAGAUCCUUGUUCGGAAAGAAGAAGGAUGCUGAAGACAAGGAUUCCUCUGAUGAAGAAGGUAAACUACUUAAAGAAGAACUAAAUGGAUCGGUAACUGAUGGAAAAUAUGACGAAGUUAACAAGAUGAAAGAUUCAGACUACUAUAGCAGUGACAGUUCGACAGAUUAUUCUUAUUCUUACCAGUAUGACAAAACAAAUGAUUCCCGACCUGUAUCAAUUGUAACUCCCUUUAAAGAUGUCGAAAAGCAAGAAGUGCCAGACUAUGCAAGUAUGAGCAGUUUUAGGGAAGAGGCGGACGAAACAGAACAACCAAAAACAACGCUUGAUAAGGCAACAGCAGCCCUCUCUAAACAAUCAGCUGGAACGGUUAUAUCAGGUACUACAUUUGAAGAAAACAGAAAAGAUAGAAAAGUUGAAUUUGUUGGCGUACCUGACAGAUCCAAAGUAACUGUUAGAAAAAAGAAGAAAAAAAGAAGACCUAGGACGGGUGAGGAACGACCGUUGCUCAGUCGGGACUCGUGCCCUUGCACUAGCUCUGAUACUGAUGACAGUGACCUUCUACAGCAUUUACAAAGCCCAGUACUUACAUUGCUGAAAAGUUCAUCUACUUUAAUUACACAAAAUACAGGUUCGCCGUAUACAUUGUCUUCAGAAGAUAAAGUUAAACCUUCGUUAGCUUCAACUGUCGGUGCUGAAAUUAAAAGUGAUGUUAGAUACGUUGAGGCACUUAUCCCACAGCUGGACUUGUCUCAGGUCCAAUGCAUUCAUAUUCCAGGAUGUGAUACCAUCACUUCAUCGAGUCUAGAUUCUGAAAUAAAAUGUAAUCAUGAGUACGUUAAAAUGAUGGUUCCAGAACUCGAUUUGUCCUCGCUAACGUCAACUCCCCAUUCUUCGAAGAAUUACGUCAAUAAUAUCUUUGGAAAUGUAAAAUACGAUGAAGUUUCAGAGUCUCCUAAAUCUACUUCUUCUUCCAGCAGACAUCACAACUCAUCACCAGAUGUUUCGUCUGAAAAUAAAUAUUUAAAUACUCGUCACUCAACAACUAAAGUUGAUAAAGAUAUUCAGACCAGUACUAAGGCUAAAGUUGAUAUAGGAGUUUCAGCGAAACCUUUGGAUAAAUAUAAAUUUGAAGAAAAGCAGAGGAAGAAAGUGAAACAGUAUUACAGAGCUGUAAAGGACAUACCUUCUGAUAGGAAAGCAGAAGAUAAGAGGAAGUCAGGGAAGUUUAUGAAAUUUGUCCAAAAAAUUAUACCUAAGGCAAUAAUCAAAGUUUGA